AUGCGUUGCCUUUCCCUCAUUGCCUUAUCCCUGACGACCGCUAUAACAACAGUCAGCGCCUACCCGAUCAGCGGCGAGACCGUCAACUGUCGCUCUGGUCCCGGAACAAGCCAUUCGGUCGUGAAAUCAUACAAAAAGGCUCACGAUGUCAAAAUUACCUGCCAAACAAGCGGAGAAUCAGUCUCCGGAAACAACAUCUGGGACAAGACAUCCGACGGCUGCUAUGUAGCCGACUACUACGUGAAAACCGGCACCGACGGCUACGUGACCAAGAAAUGCAGCAGCGGCGGAGGCGGCAGCGGAGGCGGCGGCGGUGGUAGCACCGGUACUGGAAAGGCCAUCAUCGCUGCAGCCCAGAAGAAGAAGGGCCUCCCAUACGUCUGGGGCGGUGGUGGUUGCAAGGGUCCCUCUGGCGGUGGCUUUGAUUGCUCCGGUCUGACACAAUAUGCUAUUUGUCAGGCAUUGAAGAAGAAGAUUCCCCGUGUCGCGCAGGAUCAGUACAACACCAGCAUGGGUAAGCGGUACCCUCGUUCGCAGGCUAAGCCCGGUGAUCUUUUGUUCUGGGCUACUGGCGGUGAUUGCAAGAACAAGGUUGCACAUGUUGGUAUCUAUAUCAAUAGCAAGUUGAUGAUCAAUGCUGCUCGCACUGGUACGCCUGUUCGUGAGCAGGCUAUUUGGACUUCUUAUGGUGGAGAGGAGAUUUGUCCUUAUGUUAUGAGAUUCACCUGA